AGUGUUUAUCUUAUGAUUUCAGUUUAUGAAGUAAUUAUGUUUAUAAUGCAAUUCUUUGAAUUAAUUUCAACUUAUCUAUAAUUCUAAAAGUACAAAAACGAUUAAAAAUAUAUCAGCAUUCUAAUAACUACAAUCAGUUUUCCCGUCAUCGUUUUGAAAUACUGCUAUGCCUAAUAGAGAAGCAAAUCGCUCACAAGGACCUGAAAUAAAACAGCCAGUGGUAGUUGCACAGAGUAAUGUUGCUGCUAAGAAUCCUGGGGCUCCAACUAAGGCUGGUGGUGGAAAGGCAAUAACAAAAGACACACCAAUGUCACCAACACCUCCCGCAGCGCCUGUCGCAGAUACGGAGCGCACAGAGCUCCUCGGAUCUCUAACGACGCAGCAGCAGCAAAGAACCAGCGCGAGGGUCAUCAAGAAGUUAAGACUCGAGCCACCCACUGAUAGGGAGAAGAAAGGGAAACGACCUGAUGGGCAGACGGACGAUAUGACUGAAUGCGAAACACCAAACAAAGUAGACGACAAAGAUCCGCUAAAAUUCCCAACUGCAGUGAAACAGCGGAUGCCCAAAGCACUUUGGUCCACAGACGAGAAGAGCCUUUUCUUCGAAGCCUUGAACGAGUACGGGAAGGAUUUCGAUGCAAUCACCGCAUACAUAUGCGCCAAAAUGAAAAAGAAGGGCAUGUCGGAGAAUCUCAAGACGAAGACUCAAGUCAGCCACUUCUAUUACAGGACGUGGCAUAAGCUGUCUAAACACGUACAUUUUGACGAGAAUGUGAAAAAAGUGGUGCAAGAGUUAUACGCGCUGAUCAACUACGGUGAACUACGAAAGAAGCUGGUAUCGGUGAGCGAAAAGACAUGCGCGCGUCUCGGCGAGAUGGUGCGUACUGGCGGGCUCGCACUGCGCGUGCGCGGCCGCACGCUACGACUACGCACACCCAUGUGUCGCGCGCUCCGACGGCUCAACCAGAUCAAUGAGCGAGCGUGUGGUGCGCGACUGUGUCCGCGCGUGGCGGCAGUGCUACGCGCGCGAUCAGGUAGCGCGUGGGCGCGCGUGCAGGCUGCCGCACACAAUCCUCGUGCUGCACUGGCCGCUCCCCCGCGCGCACGAUUGCGGGCGUUGCUGCGCGCGCUCGAACUACGCUGGACGCCGCAUUCAUAUUACACACCUGUGAAGAAUGCGGAUGGAAUAGACCUAAAAUACCCAGAAGAUAUGAAAGAUGAUGAAGUUUGCGCAGAGUUACGGCACACGUGCGCGGAUGAUGACGAUCGUCAGGACUUGGUAGAUCAUCUCAAUUUGGAAACUGACAGAAUGAUAGUACAAGAACAAAAAUUACCAAAAAAGCCAGUUUUACACUUGGGUCCCAGACCGGACGCAGAGAUCCACUUGCCAGUAGUCAGUCCGAGUGUUCAGCUAUCAAGCCAGAAGAUUUGUUUCUCAUCAUACUUGGAACGGAUGUGCAAGCAGCGACGCGAUAAGGAUGGAAAUGGUGCAAAAAUCAGAACAUCUAAACGACAAAGGAAAGAUAGUGCUACAGAUAAAGAAGGGGAUGUAAAGAAAAUUAAAAUUGAGGAGGAAUCAAACAAACUCAUGCAUAUUGAUGAAACUGCUAUCGACGGAAUAGACCUUAUGGCUAGUUAUAAGAACAUACAGGAGGAAGAAGAGAAGCCAAGUACAGAAGAUGAGAAAGAACUCAAAUCAGAGGAGACGGCAGAAGAAGAGGUGGAAGGGAGUAGAGAGUUGCCAGAAAAAGACAAAUAUAUGUCUGAGAAAGAGAAAGAUAGCUUUUCAGAGAUGGAAGAUGACGAGAAGUAUAAUAAGAGUGAUACAGACAAUGAGAGUGAUCAGGGGAAAACUGAAAAGAGUAGGAAGGAGCAGAAAUUUAAGAAUUUGAAGGUAAAGUUCCGAAUACGACCGAAAAAACGUGGUGGUACUAUUUACACCCUUGUGGUGGAUAAAGAAGAUCAAGACCAAGCGCCCCCUAAGGAUGAAGAGCCCAAGACGGAUGUUGACGUGGACACAGCAAUUCGCCAGAUUAGGAAAGGCUGGAGUGUGUACGACGCUGGUGACCUUACCAUAGGAGAUUUGUACCUAAUGUUUGGUUCCCGUUCAAGACUAGAAUUAGACUAUUGGUGGGCGGAACCCACCCCGCCCCUGCCACAGCCGCUCCACAAGUCCAAGUCCGAUCCGGUCCCUCCUGUCACUGAGAAAGAGAAACAAAAAGUGGAGAAAACUCCAGACAAAGGCACAGAUAGCUCGGUGGAAGAUGAAAGAGAUAGAGCGAGGGAAAGUGACAACGAUAUAUUGUCACCAAAAAAUACUUUUAGUCAGGACAGUAAUGACGGCAUGUCUGGGGAUGAAAGGAAAAGUGAACAGCUGGCGUCCCCAGAACACAAGUUAUCAUCGAGCGGAUGUAGUAGCACUCUCAAGUUAGUCAGCAAAUUGAUCAAUCGCCCACUGUCGGCGCAGCCGCCACCUAACAACGGCUUCUCACAACUUAGUGACAGGUUGAAGCGGCUGUUGGCGCUGGCAGGUAACUCGAUGGUGACUGCGGUGGGCGCGGGCGGGGCGGCGGCGGCGGCGGCGGGGGGCGCGGGGGCGGCGGGCCGGUGCACGUGCUCGCUGUCCUGCGCACUGCACCGUCGACAGAAACAACAGCCGUGGGCGCCGUCAUCUCGUCUGGAAGAGACUACUCCAACUACAGCUGUGUUCAGGCAUCCAACACCAAUAGCGCCUCGGCAGGACAAGGAGAUGUCAACAUCCACAUUGAACCUGGAGGGAGUGCCUCGAUGGAGACGCGGACGGCCGCGACUUGCUGACCGUCGUGUGGUAGUUCAACGACUACUACCGCUGUUGCCUAAGUUGCCUCCACCCAGCAACCUGAUACCAGUAAAAAUUGUGCCCAAUUCACCACCGGCGCCGCCUCGAAUACUGCCGAAGCCGCCACCCACCUCAACUUCAGAUUUAUCAUUCUUCUACGUAUUAAGUGAAUCGAAUGGUCAGUUCUAUUUCCACGAUGGUGACCGUCGGAUACCAAUAACACCACUGCAGGGUAACGGCGCUGACCAACACGGCGAUGACGAUGAAAACGUGAAAGAUGAACAAGAAUCAAAGGAUAGUAAAUCAAGUAUCACUAUAGAAGAACAUGAACUACUAUCACCUAAAGCGUCGGUCAAGGACAGCAGCGAGACAGUCGUGUCGACAAAGUCAGAGAAUUCAGAUAUUGGACAUUUCUUACCCUCGGAGUCGAUGUCACUGUCACCGUCCAGGUUGCUGCGUGAUGCUGAUGGCUGGCUUGAAGGUUCAGUUCAGGACUUCUCCCUUAGCAGUUUCCUUGGACAUUUAGAAGGAAGACCGCAGCCCGACCUCGCUGUGGAUUCCCAGUUGCAGUCAUUAAUGGCUGAAUCGAGCGUGGACUACGUGGCGAAGUUUGCGGACCUAGCGGCUGAGGUUACGGACGAGCCGUUGACUCCCGAAGAUCUCACAUAAAUGUAUUAUUAUUUUAUAAUUUAAUACAUACAUCAGCUCGGUGUGCCACCUAUGGGUCUUUUUUCGAACUAUUCUAACCCGGCGAAAAUAGGGGCAAGUGUAGGAGAGGAACCAAACCGAAGGACUUAUGGAUUGAGUGAAUAUCUGUGAAAAUAGAUUCACACGAGGACGGACGUAGGCUAUCUUUUACAAAAAAUGCAGACGAAGUCGCGGGUGACAGCUAGUGCGACGUAAUUGCCAGUUUUACCGAAACUGAUAAUUCUUUAUAAUCGAAAGUAUUAUUCGGUUUUUGUACUUUAUCUGAAGUUGAUAACAGUAAUAAUAUUGAAAUUCAUUAUUGUUA